GCAACUGUCAUGUGCGGUGUGAGUGAUAUUAUUAUAUGUUCUAAUAGUGCAAAAAUUUCGAAUUUGUAUGUUGGUUUCUGUUGAUAGAAGGAAAUUUGUAUUUGUGUAAAAAUGGCCAUUUGUUUGCGCACAUUUUCACAUAAGAUUUUGCCUAUAAAUGGCAUCGUAACAUCAACGAAACAUUCAAAUCGCCUAACCCGAAAAAUACCCGAACGAACACAAUUUCUAGAAGACUUUCUCAGUAGCAGACGCAUAUCUAGUUGUCAACUAGCACCGAAAUAUUCGUCGGAAAACUUUAUUGAUGAUAUUCACGUCCAAGAGGUUACAAUUGUCAAUAGUUACCUAACUCGAAACUCGAACGAAAAGUCAAAACUAACCUUCAUAGACAGUACAGAUGGAAGGGAAAAUAAUGAUAAUAUAGAACAUUAUUUCAACUACUACUCAGAUGGUAUGAAGACAUUGGGCCUCACCAGUGAUGAUUAUGUUGAACAGAGAACAUUGUAUAACUUAAAUGAGAGGCCUUCCAUUAGCAUGAAUGAUGUUGAUUUUUCCAAAUGUCAUGCGGAUAUAGAGCCAACAUGUUUAUCGGACUUUGAGAGGGAUGCCAUUGCAUUCUGUAGUGGGCCAACAGUGGCGUCUCAGGCGACACCUCCUACAGAGGAGAAAACUAUUGAUGGAAAGCCCAGUGAAGAACAAUUGAUGAAAGUCUUUCAUUCACUUUCGAAAACAAUGCCACAGCUGUUUGUCAAGCCCCUGGACUAUUCUAUCUACCAUCCAAAUCUUAUUUUUGUUAAUAACAUCAGAGGGGUGACUACAGUAGGUUUAUUUCACUAUGUGAAACAAGUGGCGCUCCUCCGCACAGUGGCUCAUAUAAAAUUUGCAUAUGUUAAUUUUGAAGUAUUAAAAAUAACAGCACACCCAGAAGAUUCUUCAGUACGUAUGAGAUGGAGAAUCAAGGGAAUAUCUGGUCUCAAAGUAUUCUUUAUGUUCUGGAAGUACAAGUUGUGGAACCUGAAAGAGGUUUUUCAAGAUCAAGAAAUGUGGUAUGAUGGAUUUUCAACCUUCUAUGUUGGCACAGAUGGACUUAUCCAGAAGCAUGUGGCAGAUAAGGUGAUGCCAGAUCAGGACAGGAUAAUAGAUGAUGAGGAGAAGGCUCCAAUUGCAGCUAAAAUUGCUCUUCUUAUUGGUCUAAUCCCUAGAAAUUACCUAUCAGAUUUGACACCUUUCUUAUCUUCAUCUGACACAAAUGAAUGCACACCAUUUUAUAAAGUACUAGAAUGAAUUUAGAAUUGCAACACAUACCAUGUUAGGUACCAUGUGAUAUUAUGAUGCUAAUGCGGUUCAGUUAUUUUAAAACCAGUCAUAUUGAUAUUAAAGUUUUUUUCUUUUUAUAUUUAUUUAACAAUAUUUCCAUCGAAGCUAUGCAAUUCAUGUUAUGAUUAGCCAAAAAUAUAGAUGGUUGUCGAUGAUCACUAUUAUGAUUUACAGCUUGUAAAGUUAAUUUUGAUAAUUGUAAAAAUGCCUUGUAGUUUAUAGACAUGUUAUGUACUUGGAUACAAUAAAAGUUAUGACAUA